AAGCCCCGAAGGCAAAGAGGCGGGAGCCAGCCCUCGGACAAGGCAGGCUCCCGGGGGCUGGAGCUGCGAGAGGAGCCUCUGCAGCCAUCCGCCAGGCAGUGCCUCUUCUUCCCGGCCGAGAGAGAAGGACUUCGGGGGCUUCAGCACUUCUAUAAAGUUGGUUUCAAUUUUCCUCCAGUUGAACUUAACAAAAUGGUCCUAAAUAUGUCUACAGAAGAGACUGUUGAAAGGGUCGAGAUUGAGUGUACCUCACUGGGAAGACACAACUACAUCAAGAUUAUGGUGCCAAUUGUUUACACAUUCAUUUUCAUCACAGGUAUAUUUGGAAACAGCUUAGUAGUGAUUGUCCUUUACUUCUACAUGAAGUUGAAAACUGUGGCAAGUAUCUUUCUGUUCAAUUUAGCCUUGGCUGAUUUGUGUUUUAUAGUGACUUUGCCAUUAUGGGCAGCCACCACAGCCAUGGAUUAUCACUGGCCUUUUGGCAAUUGCUUGUGUAAGUUAACAUCAGCUGUAUCAAGCUUCAAUCUCUAUGCCAGUGUUUUUCUGCUCACAUGCCUCAGCAUUGACCGUUACUUGGCAAUAGUGCAUCCAAUGAAGUCCCGGCUUCAUCGCACAAUGGUUGUUGCCCGGAUAACUUGCGUCAUCAUCUGGCUGCUAGCAGCAGUUGCCAGCCUGCCUGUUAUGACUCACCGCAGUGUUUACUUCAUUGAAAAAGUAAAUAUAACUGUUUGUGCUUUUCGGUAUGAGACCAACAGCAGCACAACCAAUAGCACAUCGGUUAAAGUUGGAUUAGGCUUGUCCAAAAAUAUGCUGGGAUUUUUAAUCCCCUUUGUGAUCAUUUUAACAAGCUACAUAUUAAUUUGGAAGACCCUGAAAAAGGCUUACCAGAUCCAGAGGAACAAGACAAGAGGAGAUGAUAUUUUUAAGAUGAUUGUCGCAAUUGUACUUUCUUUCUUUUUUUCGUGGGUUCCUCAUCAAAUAUUCACUUUCCUGGAUGUGCUGAUCCAGCUUGGUGUGAUUGAGGGUUGUCACAUUGCUGAUAUUGUGGAUACAGCUAUGCCCUUCACGGUCUGCCUAGCUUACUUUAACAACUGCCUGAAUCCUGUCUUUUAUGGUUUUUUUGGAAAGAACUUUAGAAAAUAUUUCCUUCAGCUUUUGAAAUAUAUCCCUCCAAAUGUCAGGCAUGCUAGUCUGGCAACAAAAACAAGCUCCCUUUCCUAUCCUCCAUCAGAAAACUUAAUCCAGAAAGCUAGAAAACAUGGGUCCUUGGACAUUGAAUGAUGGCUUGGCAACAGCACAUGUUUUCUGCAACUAGAGUGAUGAUGCUCACACGACCUCCAUAGCUUAAAGUGUUAAACCAUCUGAGACACAUCAUCUUUAUGAAAACUGAGCAGUCACCUUUCAUUUCACAUUAUGAGAAGGACUGUUGACUGUUUACAGCAAGUGUUAAUUUAGUAAGUCAGCAACUGUGUUCAUCAACAUCCUGCCUUUCAGGGUGAAGCUUGGGUAGAAAGAGUACAUGGUAGAACUCAGAACAACGUGCGAUAUACUAGAAAAUGUGCUCCGAUUCCUUAUUUCAUUCUAUCAACUUGAUGAAAUUUGCUUUUGAACUUGUAUGAGCAUAUAUACAGUAUUGUGUUGUUGUUAUUGUGUGCCUUCAAGUUGUUUCCAACUUGUGGUGAUUUUAAGGUGACCCUAUCAUGGGGGUUUCUUGGCAAGACAUGUUCAGAGGAAGUUUGCCAUUGCCUUCACCUGA